AAAAACGAUAAAAACCAAAAAUAAAAAUUUUAAAAUUUCCCGGUAUUGACAAUUAAAGGCAACAGACAACAAAGCAAAAGGAUAAUAAACAUCCCCCUUUCUCUCUAUGGCAGCCAUUUUCUUCAACUGAGUCUUGAGUUGAACCACAAAGACAACCGAAUACAAAUUUCCUUUUUAUUUGAUUUUUGGUGUCUUGAUUUCAUGUUUUUCCUUCUCUGGUGUUACAUAAUCAAUCAAUGAUACACCCUCCCACUCAUAUAUGCUGUGGCGUGGCGCAAACUUGCACUCACCGAUUGAAAAUUACUGGAAAGCAGUAAGUAAGCGCCAAGACAACAACAAAGUCGAUGAAAAUUGGCUGAAAAAUAAAGACAGCCAUAGAAAAGAUGAAAUAUAAUAGCAAAAGCAAUUCCACUUCAAUCACCGCCAGUUUGCCAACAACAGCAACAGAAGAGCUAAACAAGUUACAGCAUCAUUUCGAGCUAGAGCUGGAAAAUAAUAAUUUCCAGGGAAAUACUCAGCCAUGUAAUGUAUAUUGUGCUGCUCACACAAUAAGGGAAGAAAAAACGGCAGGAGAUCCUCUUACAGUCGCUAAGAAUAUGGUAAAAAUAAAGUAUAAAAAAUCAGCGAAUAAACAAAUGGAAAAUUGUGAAAUGAAAACGAGGAAUAACACAACAGCCAGCAGGGUGGUCAUGGUAACAGCAGCACCAUUAAUAACAGCCAACAACGUUAUUGCAACAGCCAGAGCAGCACCAACAACAUCGGCAGCCACAUCUUUGCUGUCAGCAACGUCGUCACCAAUCAUGUUGACAAUGCCAUCAACAUCAGCAUAUUUAUCUGCAACACAAGCAUCAACACCCGUCGCCACAGCUACUAAGAAUACGGAGCAAUGGCAACGGGACAAACCACAGCGUCACCACCUGCAUACUCAACUCAACAACAACAGCGAACAGAACAACGAUCCGCAAACUGAAAUUUCCAAUAUGCAAAAAGCAGCCACCACCAACACCACCACUACCAACCACACCAACACAUCCUGCAGACAGGUGACAACAUUCGCUUUGAAAAAUCUUAGGAAAAAUCCCAACAAUGAAAAUGGAAAACCAAUUCAAGUACAACAGCUUAAAUUCAAAAUGCAAGCGUUUUAUAAUUCUCUGGGCAGCUACAUCAGUUUGGCCAGGGAUUUAAAAAAUUCCCACCACAUCAUCGCCACUACACAAACCAUUAGGGCCAACAACAGCAGCAGCAGCAACAACAACAACAACACCCUAAGCAGAUCACCAUCAUCAUCGGUAACAACAGUAAAAACAGUCACAGCACCAGCACCACUCAAGGAUUUAAGACAAUGCUGCUACUCCACCGCCUCCUCACCAUCAUCAGCAUCAUCAUCCACACAAGUUGUCACCCAGCUUUUAGUUUUGGUUACAAUGGCCUCACUCUUUGGUUAUGCUCAUGCCGGUUUUGCCUGUCUCAGUAAUCCCUGUGUAUUUGGUGUUUGCAUCGAUGGUCUAAAUAGCUCCUAUUCAUGUUAUUGCAUUGAUGGCUACACAGGAAUACAGUGCCAAACGAAUUGGGAUGAAUGCUGGUCGAGUCCUUGUCAAAAUGGUGGUACCUGUGUGGAUGGUGUGGCCUACUACAAUUGUACAUGUCCAGAUGGUUUUUCGGGUACAAGCUGUGAGGAGAAUGUCGACGAGUGCAUGUCAAAUCCUUGUCAGAAUGGCGGACAUUGUCGUGACCGUAAUAACGGCUAUACGUGUACAUGCCAACCCGGCUAUUUGGGUGAUCAUUGUGAAGUUGAUGUUGCUGUUUGUGAAACGGGUACUGGCGCUCGCUGUCAAAACGGUGGCGAAUGCCUUGAAGGACCUGGACUCGAAUUCUAUUGUGAAUGCCCGCCUGGUUGGCAUGGUCGCAUAUGUCAGGACGAAAUCAACGAAUGCGAUUCAUCACCCUGCCAGAAUGGCGGUAUGUGUGUUGACAAAUUGGCCAGCUAUGUGUGUGCCUGUCCCAUGGGCUACACGGGGACAAAUUGCGAGGAAGAGAUUCUCAUCUGUGCCGAUAAUCCUUGCCAGAACAAUGCCCUUUGUCUCAUGGAAGAGGGUGUGCCCACCUGUUACUGUGUACCCGACUAUCAUGGCGAGAAGUGUGAAUAUCAAUACGAUGAGUGUCAACUGGGUCCUCGUUGCAUGAAUGGCGGCGUUUGCAUAGACGGCGUGGAUACAUUCUCGUGCUCCUGUCCUCCUUUGUUGACGGGCAUGUUGUGCGAGUGCCUAAUGAUUGGUGAAGAUUCGUUGGAUUGUAAUUACACGGCUCCCUCGACAACAGCACCACCUACAUUGAAGCCUAAAGCCACAGCAGAGGUGUCAACAACCCAAAAGGGUGUGGUGGAAGUAACCACUUUGUCGGGCAGUGAAGAUGUUUCGUCAUCCGUGUCAAAAUCACAAGAAGAUGAUGGCGAAGAUCAAGAAGAGAGUGGUGAAAAGUCGGAAAGCAGCGAUAAAGCCAAGGGUGUGGAUCAGGGCGGUGAUGAGGAAUCAAUGGGAAAGACUAGUACUAAACCCAUUUAUACUGAAGAGGAAGGUGGUGAUUUAGGAGUAAAACCCACCUCAGCCAGCACCCAUAUUGGUCAAGCAACCACUUCGGCCUCUGAAGAGGAUGUAGCAAAGGUGAGUGGCAAAGGGGAAAGUGAAACCGGAGAAGCAGCAGCUGGCGGAAUUCAUACCUCAGUGGGAGCAACGACUGAAUCUGCUGGCUCCCUUGGCAAAGAUAGAUCUGAAGUUCCUUCUCGCCCAGACACUAGCGAAGGUUCCGAAGAGAGCGAACACUAUGGAGAAGUGACGCGAGCACCGAAAUACGAUGAAAGUGGCAGUGCCGAGUCAUCCACGUACAAGCCGCAUACCCCAGGACAUGGCAUGGAUGAAUACAGCCCCAUACCCCACUCGGAGGAAUCGCAACCGGAUAGUGGGGCCACAACCAGUGACAGUGAGGAGGAUGAUGCAAUUAUCUAUGUCCAUCCCACAAGACCGAUUUACACACAGCACCAUUUCACCACCAUUGAGACGAGCAUAGGCAUUGAAUUCUCCACUCCCAAAUACAGUUAUGGCAUGCCCACCUAUUAUCCCACACUCGAUAUACCACAUGCCACAUCGCGCCCUGAAAGCGAUAGUCAUAUAAGACCAACUACUGACCAAACUGAAGACUCGGGCGAGGAAGGCGGCGACAGCGAUAGAGUGGAGCACAAGGAAGUCGAUAGUGACAGUCGCAUACCAGCAACACCACGUUUUGUGAUAAGACCUGAAAUAGCCACCACAGCAGCGCCAUUCUUUACGGAAUAUCCCGAAGUGGUGGUAACCACGAAAUAUGUAGAUCUAGCACCCUCGGGUCCUACAGCAGGUUAUGUACCCACCACACAAACCCCCGCACGUGGUCCCUCAUACACUGUGACAACAAUAAGUUCCUCGUAUGAUUACGAAGGCAUUGAAGUGUCCACAUUGUCGCCGGGUAUUUCCAUAACGGUGCAUGUGCCCGAGAAUCGCACAUACCAGCCCUUCACGCCAAUGGGAACCACACCCACGACCAGCAUUUAUCAUCCAGCCACUACGUAUGUGACCAAAGCCGAAUAUGAGACUACACCCGCAACGCACUAUCAGGGUUCCACCACUAUAGUACCGCAUCCCCAUAUGCCAUACCAUCCGGAUGCACCAACCACAACUUCGACUUAUACAAUGCAUACCAAAGAUCAUCAUUACCAUGGGCCUGCCACAACAAUGGCUCCUUCAGGGGGAGUACCAACAACUAUGCCACCGCCAUCUACCGGCAGCACAAUUUAUCAACAUGUGCCCGAAGUGCCAAUGACAACAAUGGCUAGCCCAGGACAAGGUUCUGUGGGCAGCACCACCGCCACUUCCACUACCGAAUACAAGCCAAUUAUAACCUAUGUGCCACCAACAACUUAUACAGUACCCACCUAUAGACCCACUAUGCCACAACCCACCACUAUGCCACAUCCCACCACCAUGCCACAUCAUCCCACUACCAUGCCACCACAGACCACAUCACCUACGUUUGCCCCUACAUAUGCCCCCACCUAUGUACCACCUUCAAGUGAAGCUCCUCAGACUACAGUGGCGGCGCCUACCUAUGGCACCCAAAUACCGGUUAUAUCACCCAAAUCCACAAUUACCGAAUCGAGCAGCGAAGAGGAAGAGAGUGCCAAUACAGUGGGAACCGGAGCUGGUGGUAGCACCGAUGUGGAACCCCAUGCGGACUGUAUUAAAAUGGGUUGUUACAACGGUGGAACAUGCGUCACAACUUCGGAGGGAUCGAGGUGUGUUUGUCGCUUUGAUCGCCAAGGUGCUUUGUGCGAAACUCCCAUUGUGAUUAAGAAUGCAGCUUUCUCGGGCGAUUCUUAUGUUUCACAUCGCAUUCACAAGGACAUACAGCAUCACGAUUCAUUGGACACUGUGCUGCCGAUGCAUGUUCAGCUUAAGGUGCGCACACGUGCCACAAAUGGCCUCAUCAUGUUGGCAGCUGCCCAGGGUACCAAAGGUGGUCAUUACAUGGCCCUCUUCCUGCAGAAAGGACUAUUGCAAUUCCAAUUUUCAUGCGGCUUACAAACGAUGCUGUUGAGUGAACUGGAGACACCGGUGAACACAGGCCAUGAGAUAAGCAUACGUGCAGAAUUGGAUUUCAGCCGUAAUUAUACCCAUUGCAAUGCUUCGCUACUGGUCAACGACACCUUGGCCAUGUCUGGCGACCAGCCAACUUGGCUGAAGCUGUUGCCUCCACGCAUGCAUACGCCUGAGACUAUUUUGAAUACUUGGCUGCAUUUGGGUGGAGCGCCUCAGGCACCCAUUGGCCUCAUCAUUGAAUUGCCACCAUCCCAGAGUGGUACUGGCUUCACUGGUUGUUUGCAUUCGCUGAAAAUCAACGAAGAUUCCAGAGAGAUAUUUGGAGAUGCCUUGGAUGGCUUUGGCAUUACGGAAUGCGGUUCUCUAGCCUGCCUCUCCAGUCCCUGUCGCAAUGGUGCCGCUUGUAUUAAAAUCGAAACUAACGAAGUUGACGAGAAUGGUGACAAACUCGAAAAAUGGAAGUGUAAAUGUCCUUCGGGCUAUAUGGGACCGACAUGCGAGAUUUCAGUGUGCGAGGACAACCCGUGUCAAUAUGGCGGCACUUGUGUUCAAUUCCCUGGUAGUGGUUAUUUGUGCUUGUGCCCUUUGGGUAAACAUGGACACUAUUGCGAACACAACCUGGAAGUCGCGUUGCCCUCCUUCUCGGGCAGUGUCAAUGGCCUAUCCUCAUUUGUGGCCUACACCGUGCCCAUACCAUUGGAAUACUCUAUGGAAUUGAGUUUCAAGAUUUUGCCACAAACAAUGUCACAGAUUGCCUUGUUGGCCUUUUUGGGCCAACCCGGCUAUCAUGAUGAGAAAAGUGACCAUUUGGCCAUUAGCUUUAUACAAGGCUAUAUUAUGUUGACAUGGAAUUUGGGAGCAGGUCCUCGUAGAAUAUUUACCCAGAAACCCAUCGAUUUCCGCCUGGAUGCACCCCGAGUGCCGUACGAAAUUAAAGUGGGCCGCAUUGGACGCCAGGCCUGGCUGUCUGUCGAUGGUAAAUUCAACAUAACCGGACGUUCGCCCGGCAGCGUCAGCCGCAUGGAUGUAUUGCCCAUUUUGUAUUUGGGCGGCCAUGAGAUUGCCAAUUUCAAUACUCUGCCCCACGAUUUGCCUUUGCAUUCUGGUUUCCAAGGCUGCAUAUACGAUGUACAUCUUAAGGCUGGACAAGUGACUGUGCCAUUGCAGGAGACACGUGGCGUACGAGGUCGUGGUGUGGGUCAGUGUGGCACCCGAGAAUGUCAUCGACAUGCUUGUCAGCAUGAUGGUGCCUGUCUGCAACAUGGAGCGACAUUUACUUGCAUCUGUCAGGAGGGAUGGUAUGGCCCAUUGUGUGCUCAACCCACCAAUCCUUGUGAUUCGUUUAACAAUAAAUGUUCCGACGAAUCGACAUGUGUGCCUUUGGUCAAUGGCUAUGAGUGUGACUGUCCCGUGGGUCAAACGGGCAAAAAUUGCGAAGAAGAAAUUCAUUCUCUUAGCGAUGUCAGCUUAACUGGAAGACGUUCAUAUUUGGCAGUUAGAUGGCCUUAUCUAUACGACAAUGGUGACAAAAUGGGUGCUAAACGUUCACAAAUGAUUAGCUAUCGUAAUUUUACCAAAAAGGUUAUGCCACCCAAGCCCAUUGCCUCCACAAAUCAACAUUUCGUCAUGAAGCUACUCAAUGAAGUGGAGAAACAAAGAAAUUUCUCCCCAGUGCCAUUGAUGGGCUCCAAAUCGUAUGAGGAACAUCAUCGUGUACAAUUCUUCUUCAUUGAAUUCCAGCUGCGGCCCCUAUCCGAACGUGGUCUUCUACUUUAUUUCGGCAGUCUGAACAGUAACAUGGAUAAGAAAAUUGGUUUUGUCUCAUUGUCUCUGCAAGGCGGUGUGGUGGAGUUCCGCAUAUCCGGCCCCAGUAAUCAUGUUACAGUGGUACGUAGUGUACGCAUGUUGGCCAUAGGCGAAUGGCAUAAAAUUAAAAUGGCUCAGCGUGGCAGAUGGCUGACGCUGUGGGUGGAGGGCAGUGCCUCUUCCGCUUUGGCUCCUAGUGCUGAGGUUUUGGUAGAACCCGAUGCCUUGCUGUAUGUCGGUGGUUUGAAGGAUCUGUCGAAGUUACCCCACAAUGCUAUAUCAGGAUUCCCAGUACCCUUCCGAGGUUGUGUGCGUGGUUUGGUUGUGAGUGGCACAAGAAUUGUUCUAAAUGAAACAAAUAUCAUUGAAUCUCGCAAUAUACGUGAUUGUGAUGGCACCGCCUGUGGUGGUGACUCCUGCGAAGCUGGUGGCCAUUGUUGGCUCGAUGAAAAACUACAACCUCACUGCAUUUGCCCGGAAUAUGCUAAAGGAGAUCGCUGUGAAUACUCAGAAACUUGUAAAUUGAUACCUUGCAAAAACAAUGGACGUUGUCUAAGAAGUGGUCGCUGCUCAUGUCCGAAUGGUUGGGGAGGAUUCUAUUGUGAAAUAGCGCUGAGUAAACCCACAACGCCAAGUUUCCGUGGCAACAGUUAUUUGAUCUUGCCACCACCUCGAAUUCCCAUGAAAGACAAACGCAAGGGACCUUCCAUGUUUGUGCGACCGCGUGAAGCUAUACAAAUUUCUUUGAAUUUCUCCACCAUUGAACCGGAUGGUCUGCUGCUCUGGAGUGAACAUGAUCAUAGCAAAUUCUUAGGUCUGGGCUUAGAGAGUGGCCAUUUGAAGAUAGCCAGCAAUUUAUUGGGCUCAGACAAUGAUACAGUGUCGACACCAUCGAGCGGUUACAUAACGGAUGGUAGUUGGCACAUGGCCAAGAUUGCAGUGGAUCGUGGACGACUCGAAUUGCAAUUGGAUGGUGAAGUUAUAUUUACCGAGAAAUUGGCGCCACAGGAAUUGAUGCAAUUAUCCAGUACGAUAUCGCCGCAUAGAACGAGACAAAGAAACUCAUUGCUGUCGAGGAGAGGAAAGGAACCAACGAUAACCUAUGAGGACUUGUUCUAUUUGGGUGGUUUCCCGAACUUGGAAUCGGUGAGUAAACGUACCCAAGGACGUUUCGAUCAGCCCUUCAAAGGUUGCCUGCAAGACAUACAAUUCGGAGCUGAACCUAAUGCGUUGAUAAAAGACUUCUCAACAUAUCAAGGUGAAAAUAUUGGCUCCUGUGAUCUCCAUGGCGAUGAGCCCAUAGUUGUGUAGAAACAUUUCAAAAUAUAUAUACAUGCAAAUGCAAAUGAAAACGAAGAAAAUUAUGAAAGCAAAACUUAAGGAAUUACAAAGAAAAAGAAAAACAAAAACCAGAAAAACAACUUAAAACAUAGAAGGUUUUCAUGAUUUGCUAAGAACAACAAUAAGAAACUUUUUUUUUUUGUGAAAACUGAUGAAGUAAAUCUAAGACGAUAUAUAAAUAAAUGAAUAUAUAAAAACAACAAUCUUAUAUAUAUAUAUAGAAAAAAACUGACUUACAACUAAGAACAAGAAUAAAGUUAUAUAACUAAAGCAAAAAAACAAAAAAGGGGAAAAGAAGAAAACAUUUUGUAAAUUUUAUAGAAAUUAUAUUGAAAACGAUUAUUAAGCAACGUUAAACUGGAAACCGCAAAAAGAAGGAAGAAAAUUGAAACAUUCCAUGGUGGAGAUAUGAAUUUCCUAGGUUUUCGGUGAAAUUGAAAUAUAAAACACGGUUGAUUAGAAUGAUGGGAGUAAUACAUAGAAAAAACAAAAA